AUGGCCCCUACAACUCUUCACCUCCGUGCGGAGGACAAGAUCCUCGAGCACAGAUCUGCCCUCACUCCUUCGACUACCCGCGCCCUCCUUGACGCCGGCUACAAAGUCAAGGUUGAGAGAUCGCCCACCUCCGCUCUCCGCAAGCGCAUCUUCCCAGACGAAGAAUUUGAAAAGGCCGGUGCAGAGCUGGUUCCUGAAGGAAGCUGGGUCAAUGCACCCAAGGACUCAAUCAUCGUAGGCUUGAAGGAGCUAGAUGAGACCAAAGAUUUCCCAUUGAUCCAUGACCAUGUUACCUUUGCGCAUUGCUUUAAGAACCAAGGGGGCUGGGAGAAGGCCUUGGGCAGAUGGAGCCGUGGUGGGGGAGUUUUAUAUGACUUGGAAUUCUUGCAGGAUGAUUCUGGCCGAAGAGUAGCCGCUUUUGGUUAUCAUGCUGGCUUUGCUGGUGCUGCACUCUCCCUGAAGACCUGGGCGUGGCAGCUCGAAAAUCCCGGCACCCCUCUUCCAGGUGUCGAUGAAUUCACUGGUGGAAAGGGAUAUUACGUCAACGAAGACGAGAUGGUAAAUCAAAUACGCGCGGAUGUGGAACGGGGCACAAAGAUUGCUGGCCGCAAACCGCGAGUUCUGAUUAUUGGCGCACUGGGCCGUUGUGGAAGAGGAGCCGUCGACGCCUGCGUCAAAGCAGGAUGCGAAGAUAUCCUGAGGUGGGAUAUGGAAGAAACGGCAAAGGGUGGCCCAUUCACCGAAAUCGUUGAAUCCGACAUCUUCAUCAACUGCAUUUAUCUCACGAGCAAGAUUGCACCAUUCGUAGAUGCCGAGAGCCUCUUGAACCCGAAUCGCAAGCUUUCCGUCGUCUGUGAUGUGAGCUGCGAUACCACAAACCCCAAUAACCCAAUCCCAAUUUACAACGUCAACAGCGUACGUGCGAUCGUCUCCUCUUUUUCACCGGAUUGCAACUGA